AUGCAGGAACUCAACCAGUCCACCGUGACAGAAUUCAUUCUGUUGGGCUUCGCCCCAAAUCCCAGGACCAAUCCUCUGCUCUUCACCUUCUUUUUAGUCUUUUACCUGCUGAUUCUUGUGAGCAACGGCCUCCUCAUCACGCUCAUCUACCAGGACUCACGCCUCCACACGCCCAUGUACUUUUUCAUCGGUGUCCUCUCCAUGCUGGACGUAUGCUACACCACGACAACCGUGCCCCAGAUGCUCGUACACAUCCUCAGCAAGAGGAGGGCCAUCUCUUUCGCGAGGUGUGCGGCCCAGAUGUACAUCUUCCUCCUCUUUGGGGUCACCGAGUCUUGGCUGUUCUCCAUCAUGUCCGUGGACAGGUACAUGGCCAUCUGCCACCCUCUCAGGUAUAAGGUCAUCAUGAGCCGUUGGGUGUGUCUCCUCAUGGCGGGCAUCUGUGCAGCCUACGGUGUGUUGGGUAGCCUGUGCUACACUUUCUUUGCUAUGCGUUUGCCCUAUUGUGGUCCGAAUGAAAUUGAUCACUAUUUCUGUGAGGUUCCUGCUGUCCUGAAGCUGGCCUGUGCAGACACAUCCCUCAAUGACUUGGUGGACUUCAUCACUGGUUUCAAUGUUAUUGUGGUCCCACUCUCUCUGGUUGUCAUUGUCUAUGCCAACAUCUUUGCCGCCAUUAUGAAGAUCCGCUCGGCCCAGGGGCGGAUCAAGGCCUUCUCCACCUGUGCUUCCCACAUCACUGUGGUCACCAUGUUCGCCAUCCCCUGCAUCAUCAUGUACAUGGGCCCUGGCUCUGGCUCUCUAUCAAACAAUGGCAAAAAGAUGGCCCUAUUCUACAACAUUGCCACAUCCUUCCUCAAUCCUGUCAUCUACAGUCUAAGGAACAAGGAUGUAAAAAAGGCCUUCCUCAAACUGAUGGGACAGAGCAGAGCCUCACAGUGA